AUGUCGUCCUCUUCGUUCGCGGCGUUGGCGUCGAAACCCGCGGCGGAGAAGGAAAAAGCAUCGGUCCCGGAAACGCCUCCGUUGCAUUCGGUACAGAUCGACGGCUCGGUGAUUCUGCAAAUCGCGAAGCACGCGCGAGAUUCGCAACCGUCGUUAGUGACGGGACAAUUGCUCGGUUUGGACGUCGGGUCGACGUUAGAGGUGACGAGUUCGUUUCCGUUUCCGUCGCAAUCGUCUUCGGAGAAUAACAACACUAACGAAGACAUUCAGGAGGAAGAAGGGGCGCAUUAUCAGUUGGAGAUGAUGCGAAUGUUGCGAGAGGUGAACGUGGACAAUAACACAGUCGGGUGGUACCAAUCGACGACUAUGGGGUCGUAUUUUACCGAAGAGUUGAUCGAAACGUUUAUUGAUUACGCGGAGAGUAUUGAGAGGUGCGUUUGUAUAAUUUACGACCCUACGGUGAACGAUUCGGAUGGCCAGUUUGGAUUGAAAGCUAUUCGCUUGACGGAUGCGUUUUUGAAGACGCACAAAGAAGUGAACGGAAAAUUUGAAACGAGCAAGAUUAAGGAUCGAGGACUGAAAUGGAGCGACGUAAUCGAGGAGGUACCGAUGGUGGUGAGUAAUUCGGUGUUGGUCAGCGCGAUGAUGAAGCAGUUGGACGCGAACGCAGACGGAAAGAUUGAACGAGACGAGAAUAAAUUAACCGAGGAAGAUUUGAAUCGAUUACACUUGAACGCGAACACGUUCACGACGAAAAGUUUGGAGUUUUUGAGCGAGUCAAUGGACGAUUUAGGGAGCGAACAGCAAAAAGUGGCGUAUUAUCAUCGAGCGAACCAUCGGUUGCAGCAACAAAAGAACGUGUGGUUGCAAAAGAGGAAAGCGGAGAACGCGCAGAGAGAAAAGAGCGGGCUGGCGCCGCUGAGCGAAGAAAAUCCAGACACGAGAACGCAGAACGAACCGAGCAGAUUGGAAACGUAUUUGAUUUUUAACCAGGUUAAUCAGUACUCGAAACAGUUGGACGAGCACAACGCUAUGGCGGCGGCAAAAUUGAAGUUAGUCUCGAGCGUUCGAGCCAACGAACAACAGUAG